AUGAUAUGGUUCUGGAUAUCACCAACAACUAAAAAUCAAGGUAAAGGUAAAGAUAAACUCACCUCAGGUAAAGGUAAAGUCACUUCAGGUAAAGAUAAAGAUAAACUCACUUCAGGUAAAGGUAAAGAUAAACUCACCUCAGGUAAAGGUAAAGUCACUUCAGGUAAAGAUAAAGAUAAACUCACUUCAGGUAAAGGUAAAGAUAAGCUCACCUCAGGUAAAGGUGAAGAUAAGCUCACUUCAGGUAAAGGUAAACUCACUUCAGGUAAAGGUAAAGUCACUUCAGGUAAAGAUAAAGAUAAACUCACUUCAGGUAAAGGUAUGUUAAAACUCAAAUCAUUUAAAAGAUAA